AUUCACCUCCCUCUCGGACCGCACAAGGGUCGACCACCGAAGGUGCUCUCUUUCUCUCCGAGGGGUCAAAAUGGUGAAAAUUAGCACGGUUAAGACCACGCCGUACACGGACCAGAAGCCCGGCACGAGCGGUCUGAGGAAGCGCGUGACGGUGUUCCAGCAGAACCAGCACUAUGCGGAGAACUUCAUCCAGAGCAUUAUCUCCGUCGUGGAGCCCGCAGAGCGCCAGACGGCCACUCUGGUGGUGGGGGGAGACGGGAGGUUUUUCAUGAAGGACGCCAUUCAGCUGAUCGUUCAGAUCGCAGCAGCCAACGGGAUUAAUCAUCUUGUUAUUGGUCAGAAUGGCAUUAUGUCCACCCCAGCAGUUUCCUGUGUGAUCCGCAAGUUAAAGGCAGUGGGUGGGAUCAUCCUCACAGCCAGCCACAACCCCGGGGGUCCCAAUGGGGACUUUGGCAUUAAGUACAAUAUUUCCAGUGGAGGUCCUGCUCCUGAAGGCAUCACUAAUAAAAUAUUUGAAAUCAGCAAAAGCCUGCAGGAGUAUCACAUCUGUCCGGAGCUCAAAGUGGAUCUGUCGAAGAUCAGCAAGCAGACUUUUGAAGUGGACACAUUCAAGCCUUUUAUUGUGGAGAUCGUCGACUCAGUUGAAGCCUAUGCUGAGAUGCUGAGGGACAUUUUUGACUUUGCUGCACUGAAGGACCUUCUCUCUGGAGCCAGUCAUAUUAAAGUUCGACUGGAUGCAAUGCAUGGAGUGGUCGGACCUUAUAUCAAGAAGAUAGUGUGUGAAGAGCUGGGUUCUCCUGCCAACUCGGCUGUCAACUGUGUCCCUCAGGAGGACUUUGGUGGUCAUCACCCUGACCCUAACUUGACUUACGCUGCUGAUCUGGUCAACACCAUGAAAAGUGGAGAGUAUGACUUUGGAGCUGCCUUUGAUGGUGACGGUGACCGUAACAUGAUACUUGGCAAACAUGGCUUCUUUGUGAACCCCUCCGAUUCUGUGGCGGUCAUCGGCGCCAACAUUACUUCCAUCCCAUACUUCAAAAAGACCGGUGUGAAAGGCCUGGCUCGCAGCAUGCCCACCAGUGGAGCUCUUGACAAUGUGGCCAAAGCUCUGCAGAUGCAGCUGUACGAGACUCCAACCGGCUGGAAGUUUUUUGGAAAUUUGAUGGACGCUGGGAAGCUCUCGCUGUGUGGAGAGGAGAGCUUUGGAACUGGCUCCGAUCACAUCCGUGAGAAGGAUGGACUGUGGGCCGUGCUUGCGUGGUUAUCAAUCUUGGCCACCAGGAAGCAAAGCGUGGAGGAGAUCAUGAAGGAUCACUGGCAGAAAUUCGGCAGGAACUUUUUCACCAGGUACGACUAUGAGGAGGUUGACUCAGAUCCUGCUAACAAGAUGAUGAAGGAUCUAGAGGCACAAAUGUCUGACCCAGCGUUUGUUGGAAAGCAGUUCUCAUCAGGUGAUAAGACUUAUGUGGUGGCUGUUGCGGACAACUUUGCCUAUACAGACCCGGUGGAUGGCAGUGUGUCUAAGAACCAGGGCCUCCGGAUCAUCUUCUCCGAUGGGUCCAGGAUAAUUUUCCGUCUCAGCGGUACAGGCAGCGCAGGAGCAACCAUCAGGCUCUACAUAGACAGCUACGAGAACGACGCCCAGAAAAUUUACCAGGAUCCGCAGGUGAUGCUGGCUCCUCUGGUAGACAUCGCCCUUAAAGUCUCUCAGCUCCAUGAAAGAACUGGACGCACCGGUCCCACUGUCAUCACAUGAUUCAGCAACAAGAUGCCUCCGCUCACUUGAGUGGAGGUGAAGCUGCCCCUGAACGCUGUCAUAGCUAGAUUUAAGUUAAGGGAAGCUCAACGUGCAGAAUAAAUACAAGAAAAUACACGAGCAGAGUUGUUCACUGCCUUCAUUUUGUGCUAAACCACAGUUUAAUAUGUCUGAGGGGUGCAAUAAACUAUCUUCACCUUUUACUAACCUGCCUGGUUCAAAAGACACCUUCCUGUGUUGAAAUGUGCAGAACGGUUGCAAAUGUCCAUUUGAACCUUUUAGUUGUGCAAUAUUGUCACUUGCGAUGUAAGAAGAACAAAAGUGCACUCGAGUGUGCUUCGUGUAGUUCGCUGGAAAUGUUUAAGUCCAACUCUGGUGUAAAUUUGAUCUGUGCAAUUCAAGACCCGUUAAACUGAGCAGAAAUCAGCAGUUUGGGGCAGCCUGAACGCUUUCCCUUCACUUCUCCUUGUGAUGUUGUUCGACUUUUCCCCAUUUCUGUGUUCAUCCAACCAACAAAGCCUCAACCUGAGCCGCAGCUGUAGUUAUUGAGAAUUUAAUAAAGCAACGAUGAAUAAAAGAGCCUUAUGUAAAAG